AUGCUUGUGAAUAGAACCCUGGAAUAUAAAAAAUUUACAAAAAGAAAGGAUGUCAGGUUUAAUCCGCUUUCGACAUCCGGGCUUCGAGUGUUUUUGGAAGACGUAAGGAAAAGUAUCUGCAGACUAGGUAUCGUGCAGGAAAAACAUUGUAUGCCUUCGUUUUCGCCAAAAAGGAAAAAGAAAGAAGAGAUCGAGGAUAUCAAGAGAUGUAUAGUCGAACAUAUCCAUAAUGCAGAGAAAAACAUCGAGGGGAUCCGAGAAAUCUCUCCUUCGAAAACUCUGACAGAGUGCAUGUAUGGUUAUUUUGUUGGACAGCUGAAGUCGAUAGUCCAUGACUAUAGAGGGCUACAACAGAAAUUCCUAAAAAACAUAGACAUCUAUGAAGAGAUAGAGGAGGAAGAUGAGGAGAACGAGGGAAGUAGAAUGCUCCUUGAAAAUGUAAAGGAUUUAAGGAAGUCGAUUUAUGAUCUCACCUCCGUUCUCUUAGACAUGAAAAUGGCCGUUGGGCAACAAACACUUCAAAUAGAUAGAUUAGACUUCUAUCUCGAGUCGGUAAACUUUUACCUUGAGGGAGCCAACUGCGAGCUGGAGAAGAUACCCGCCUCUCAUCGCCGGAUGAAGGACAAGAUUAUGUAUUUUAUGUUACUUCUUUCUGUUGUACUUGUUCUUAUGUCUAUUCUAAAGGUAGCACGGAGAAAAUAG